GUGGAAGUUGGUCGUGUUUCAACCCAUACUCUGAAAAGUUUGGCACCCCUUACAGAGUAUACUGUUGCUAUUUUCUCCCUGUAUGAUGAGGGACAAUCUGAACCACUUACUGGCAGCUUUACCACAAAAAGAGUUCCAGCUCCCCAGCAUUUGGAAAUUGAUGAAGCAUCAACAGAUAGUCUCAGGGUCAGCUGGAAGCCCACCUCAUCAGAUAUUGCUUUUUAUAGAUUGGCAUGGAUUCCUUUGGAUGGGGGGGAAUCUGAGGAGGUUGUCAUAAAUGGAGAUGCAGACAGUCAUGUUAUAGAGGGUCUGUUGCCCGACACAGAAUAUGAAGUUUCUCUGCUGGCAGUUUUUGAAGAUGACAGUGAAAGCGAAGUUGUUGCUAUUCUUGGAGCUACAUCUGCAAGUGCUACCACAGUACCUACCACGGUGGCCACCACCAGUGCCACCACCUCUGAGCCCACCACAGCAGUUUUCCGAACAGGAGUCAGAAAUCUUUUUAUAGAUGAUGAAACAACCUCAAGUCUGAGGGUGACAUGGGACAUUUCUGACUACAGUGUUCAGCAGUUCAGAGUGACCUAUCUCACUGCAGAAGGUGACCGUGCUGAGGAGGCGGUAAGAAUGGUAAUGGUGCCUGGCAGACAAAACACUCUUCUACUUCAUCCUCUGCUGUCUGAUACAGAAUACAAAGUUACCAUAACCCCCAUCUAUUCUGAUGGGGAAGGAAUCAGUGUCUCAGCUCCUGGAAAAACUUUGCCCCUGUCUGCUCCUAGGAACUUACGUGUCUCUGAUGAGUGGUACAACAGAUUACGUAUCAGCUGGGAUGCCCCACCUUCAGCAACAAUGGGUUACAGAGUUGUCUACAAACCUGUCAACACUCCUGGCCCUGCAUUGGAGACCUUUGUAGGGGAUGAUAUUAAUACCAUUCUCAUUCUAAAUCUCUUCAGCGGAACAGAGUACAGUGUCAAAGUAUUUGCUUCAUACUCAACAGGCUUCAGUGAUGCCCUAACAGGCGUGGCCAAAACCUUGUAUCUGGGUGUGACGAAUUUGGACUCCUACCAAGUCCGCAUGACGAGUCUGUGUGCUCAGUGGCAGCUUCACAGUCAUGCUACUGCUUACAGGGUAGUUAUAGAGUCACUUGAGGGUGGAAAAAAGCGAGAAGUAAAUCUUGGUGGAGGGACAUCUAGACAUUGUUUCUUUGAGCUGAUGCCUGGAACCAAAUAUAAAAUCAGUGUUCAUACACAGCUUCAGGAGCUGGAGGGCCCUGCUGUGAGCAUCAUGGAGACAACGUUACCAUUUCCUACUCAACCACCAACAACACCUUCAACACCACCUCCACCACCUACAAUCCCACCUGCAAAAGAGGUGUGCAAAGCAGCCAAAGCUGAUCUGGCAUUCCUGGUAGAUGGGUCAUGGAGUAUUGGAGAUGACAAUUUCAAUAAGAUAAUUAACUUUCUCUAUAGCACUGUUGGAGCUUUGGAUAAGAUUGGUCCUGAUGGAACACAGGUGGCAAUAAUUCAGUUUAGUGAUGAUCCCAGGACAGAAUUUAAAUUGAAUGCAUACAAAACAAAAGAGACUCUUCUUGAAGCUAUUCAGCAAAUUGCCUACAAAGGAGGAAAUACAAAAACAGGCAAAGCCAUUAAACAUGCACGAGAAAUCUUAUUUACAGGGGAGUCAGGCAUGAGAAGGGGCAUCCCAAAGGUUUUGGUUGUCAUUACUGAUGGGCGAUCACAGGAUGAUGUGAACAAAGUCUCCAGAGAAAUGCAACUAGACGGUUUUACCUUUUUUGCUAUUGGAGUGGCUGAUGCUGACUAUUCAGAGUUAGUUAAUAUUGGCAGCAAGCCCAGUGAAAGACAUGUCUUCUUCGUGGAUGACUUUGAUGCAUUUAUAAAGAUUGAAGAUGAGCUCAUCACUUUUGUUUGUGAAACUGCAUCAGCAACCUGCCCACUGGUAGUUAAAGAUGGCAAUAAUUUUGCAGGAUUUAAAAUGAUGGAAAUGUUUGGUUUGGUUGAAAAGGAGUUUUCAGCUGUGGAAGGGGUGUCCAUGGAACCUGGUACAUUUAAUGUUUUCCCAUGUUACAGACUGCACAAGGAUGCUCUGGUAUCCCAGCCUACCAAGUAUUUGCAUCCUGAAGGUCUCCCUUCUGAUUACACCAUCACGUUUCUCUUCCGGAUACUCCCGGACACACCACAGGAGCCAUUUGCUCUGUGGGAGAUUUUAAAUGAAGCAUAUGAACCUCUGGUUGGAGUUAUUUUAGAUAAUGGUGGAAAAACUCUGACUUUCUUUAACUAUGACUACAAAGGAGAUUUUCAAACUGUAACUUUUGAAGGUCCUGAAAUAAGGAAGAUAUUUUAUGGGAGUUUCCAUAAGUUACAUGUUGUUAUCAGCAAGACCACGGCCAAGAUAAUUAUUGACUGCAAGGAAGUGGGUGAGAAGACCAUUAAUGCAGCAGGGAACAUCAGUUCUGAUGGCAUAGAAGUGCUGGGGAGGAUGGUGAGAUCCAGGGGACCAAGAGACAACUCUGCACCGCUGCAGUUACAGAUGUUUGACAUCAUUUGUGCUACCUCAUGGGCCAAUCGAGACAAAUGCUGUGAACUUCCUGGCUUGAGAGAUGAGGAAAAUUGUCCUGCCCUUCCUCAUGCUUGUUCCUGUUCAGAAGCCAAUAAAGGUCCCCUUGGGCCUCCUGGACCACCGGGUGGUCCAGGUGUCAGAGGUGCCAAAGGUCAUCGUGGUGAUCCAGGUCCAAAGGGACCAGAUGGACCUCGAGGUGAAAUUGGUGUUCCUGGACCACAAGGACCUCCAGGACCACAAGGACCCAGUGGACUUUCUAUUCAAGGGCUUCCAGGGCCACCAGGUGAAAAGGGAGAGAAGGGAGAUCUUGGUUUUCCUGGCCUGCAGGGUGUCCCAGGAGCAUCAGGUUCACCAGGAAGAGAUGGAGCUCAAGGUCAAAGGGGCUUUCCUGGCAAGGAUGGACCCACAGGCCCACAAGGACCUCCUGGCCCAAUGGGCAUACCUGGUGCUCCAGGUGUUCCAGGUGUUACUGGAAGUCAGGGGCCACAAGGUGAUGUUGGUGUUACUGGAAGUCAGGGGCCACAAGGUGAUGUUGGAGCUCCUGGUCCUCCUGGAGCUAAGGGUGAAAGGGGUGAACGG